GGCCCUUCGUCAUUCAUCCCAAGGACACGACCGACCACAAGAAGCAGCCCUGCAACCACACCCAUUACUAGCCCAUACGGCAAGCUCCAUCACACCGUCGCUACCGCGCGAGUGAAGACCCACCCCGCUCUUGGAUCCAGCCGUCCAGUCAUCCAACACCCGGAAGAAACAAGAAAGACCCAACCACCUUGCGACAAGCCGCAGCUUUCGCCUCAAGGAAACGGUUACAAGAGUUGCAGUCGACCGGUUGAACCUUCCUGCUGGCAAGAAACGGGCAAUCCCCCCCCCCCAGCCAGUGUCGUCAGCGCGGACAGGCUGUCUGACUAGCAAGAUGGGCAGCAACACACCACUGGCACAACGACGACCUCCGCCACUGUCAUCGUCAACAGCGCCAAGGCCCGCGCGCGUGUUCGUCUCGUUUCAGGACAUUGAGGCCAGGCGGGAGGCAUACGCGCUCAAGCAGAAGAUCGCGGACCUCGACCUGGGCUCCGUGCAGUGCACUCAUCUUAGCCGUCACAGUGUGGAUCAAGGCCUGGCCACCCAACGGGCCAUCGAGGACGCGACCCUCAUCGUCAUCUUGGGCACAAAACUGUAUGGCAAGCGCACCAUCGACGCCUUCAGCUAUCACGAUGAGCUUCGAUGCAUCCUGGAGGCCAAGAAACCCACUUUGCUCAUCCACAUGUGCUCCAAGUUCAAGUACAAGUCAACCCAAUGUCUUCUCUCCCUCACCCCACACCACAGCGUCGUGUGGAUGCCCAGCAUGACGGGUACAAUCCAUGCUUCGUCGGCAUCGCCACCAGCGUCGCCAGAAGCCAUCGAGCCCCCCGAGCAGGUCAUGGACGCCGUCAUCACCCUCAUCUCCAUCAAUGCACACGCUGCAAGCCAGCAGCCACAGCAGCAGCAGCAGCAGCGCCGCCGCCUCAACAGCACAGGUACCAUCAUUAUGCAUCCAAGGGCACUGCUCGCCUCCAUUACCCGUAACGGCUCGAAGCAGGCCAAAGGCGAUGCCGAGCCUAUUGCCCCCCUGCCACGACACAAGAGCCAGCAGCACUACCCCCACCACCAUUGCCACCACCUCAGCAACGCCAGCGACAACAACAAAAGUGCCAGCACCCCCAAGGACAGGAUGCUGCGUCGCACGCAGAGCAUGGGCGCACUCAGGUCAUCGCUCGCAUCCCAAGUGGAGGCCGUGCGCAGAACCACGCAGCGGAAACGAUCCCACACCAAGACCGGGCUGCAGCACGUGUCGCCCAACUCCCCCUUGGCACGGUCACCCACACGCAGCCCCACGCCCAAUCGUGCAGGCAGCGUGUGCCACAAGACCCAACAGCCGUUGGGGGACGCGAACGCACGGGCCACUACAGCUGUGCUCGUCGCUCGCAGCCGCACCAACAACAGCCCGGCACUCAACACCACCACCCCGACCACAAACCAUGAUGGCCACACCCACAACGACCACAAAAACGCCAACACUGGUGAUGGCUUGAGGCGCGUCAACACCAACGACAACAGCACCCACACAAGCAAAGACGACACCGACAACAGCAUCUUCAGUGACCCAGCUGCACCAGAGCCAGGAUCCCCUACCGAGGCUGAGCCAACCCCACGCAACGUCAGCCCCGUCACAACGGCCGUGUGCAUGUCCGUGUUCCUGUACAAUCUGCGACAGCAGCGCGAUGACGGCGAAGCGCUGGCCGCGACCAUGGGCGAGCUGGCCGUCUUCAUUCGCGACACGAGGCACCGCGACCAGGAGGAAGGCGGCGCGGGUGACCACCCAUCUGCCGUGCAGUUCCUGGCAUCGAAGCCGUCUGCGUUGGCAGCCAUUGCCGCUGCCAUGAACGCCCACCAGUGGAAUGCAACCUUGCAGCGCCGUGCGUGCUUUGUUCUCAAGCACGUGGUGAACUACAACAUGUCCCAUCGGCGACAGGGCUGUCAGGCGGCACUCGCCUCGGCCACCGCAACCACCACAGCAACCACCACAGCAACCACCACAGCAACCACCACUGCAACCACAACCGCAACCACAACAGCAACCACAACCGCAACCACCACAGGCACGGCGCGAACGUCCGCCACAUCCACCAGCCCUCCCACUCCGAGGAGCUGCAAGAACAACGACAACGGGGGCGACGACGACGCUCGGAGAAAUGAACACGCUGCUGUGCAACAGCAGUUGGGCGCCAGUGCAUGUGCUGUGCUGAAGGAGUGUGUCCUGUCUGUGCUGCUGGCCAUGUGCGCGCACGUGGAUGACGUCGUCAUGCAGAGCCACGGCUGCGAGCUGCUGGAGGCCAUGGUGCUGGGUUGCCCCGAAACGCGCCACGACCUGACCCUGCUGGGCAUUGUGGACAUCGUCACCAGCGCCAUGACCCGACACCCCACCAUCCCUUCCAUCCUCAACGCAGGCUGUGCCAUCCUCACCACGCUCGCUCAAAAGAAGGAGGCCAAGCUCCGCGCGUUUGUGCGCAGUGGGCACUUCAACCCGCUCAUCCACGCGCUCAACACUCACAAGGGCAGCAGCCACCUCGUCACGGCCCUGUGCAGAUCCAUCGACGCGGCGGCGGCGCAGCUCACGCGCGAGAUGGCACCCGCCCCCAAACUGUCGUCAGUGACCGACCCCGACAGGGACAACACCCACGCUGCAACACCGCACUCGGGACCGUCACAGCACCGUGGACACGCCGACGAGGGAGAGCACAAGCAGGGGGAGGGGGAUGCGGAGGAUGAGGAUGGGCACGAUGCCGUACUGCUGUGGUGCACGGACGCCACCCUACAGGUGCUUGCGGCCAUGAACACUGGAACCCAGCCCAGCAGCACGCAGACCGUGUGCCUGAGCGUCCUCAUCAAGCUGGUGCGCCUGGUCAAGCUGCUGCUCACUACUGACUCACAGCAGCAGCAGCAGCAGCAGCAGCAGCAGUCGAAGACUGAACAAGAUGAUGAUUCCGAUGCAGCCACGGCCGCCGCCAUUCUCCAACACGUUGCCGAGGGGCUGCGCGUGUACGUGCAGCCACCAGGCCAUCAUCAUGACAAUGCCCCUGCCCCCGUUGUUCGCAAUCUCGCCUCUACCUUGCUGCAAGAAUGCAUGUGCUAAGGCGUCAUGCAUGUACCCUCAAUUUAGUGUGUGUGUGUGUAUCGUGCGAUGACGUGCGAUGUUUAAUCCUGCUCUUACGAAUGGUUAAGGACAAGCUUUGCUUUGUCAAAUGUGUGCUUCUGUGUUUUUGAUCCAAGCUUGCAAAGGUUGCUACCACUGCGAGCAUAUCACAGCCUUCCCCUUCCUUGAUUCUCGGAUCAACGUCAAGUGCCGUUAGCUCAAUGCUCGCUUCAUUCAAGUUUGCUGCUUCGGUCUUGUGCAACCAACCUGUCCUGUUCAUUGCAACAGCCCAUUGUUAGCCUUCUCCUUAUUGCGUCUCGGGCAACGGCAUCUCCCUGGAUCUCUCUUCUGCCCAGACUUGUCCUUCACUAGCUUGCUUGCUGACCACCACGCCUAACAAACAGACCCGCCCCGUAACCCCUUUGCCAUAUACGAUUUCAAACCCUGA